AUGGCAACUGCAGAUGUUCUUGAUAGAGUCGACAUUCUGGGUCCGCAGCAAAAGCAGGUCAACCUAGAAGCCGAGUUCACGAAGGCCGAGCCUAAUCCAGCACCAUUCGAUCCUGUCAAGCUCAAGGAUAAAUAUCUUGCUGAGCGCGACAAGCGAUUGCAGCAUGGAGGUGGUAUCAAUCAGUACAGUCUGAUUGAGGAAGACGGCAUCUUUGGCCACUGGCUCAAGGAUCCGUGGGUGGAGCCAGGCUUCACUCGCGAACCUGUCUCAGAACAAGUAGACGUGCUGAUCAUUGGCGGAGGCUAUGGAGCGCAGCUGAUUGCAGUCCGACUGCUCGAAGCUGGCAUCAACAACUUUCGUAUCCUCGAAAAGGCUGGCGACUUUGGCGGCACAUGGUAUUGGAAUAGAUACCCUGGUGCACAGUGUGACAUCGAGUCAUACAUCUACAUGCCGCUGCUUGAGGAGCUCGGCUAUAUGCCGACUGAAAAGUAUGCACGUGCUAAAGAACUCCUCAAGCACUCGGAGAUGAUAGGUCAAAGGUAUGAUUUGUAUGAGCAUACACUCUUCCAGACCGAGACGCACGAGCUUCGAUGGAACGAGGACACGGCGUUGUGGUCAGUAAAGACGAGCCGCAAUGACGACAUUCAGGCGAGAUUCGUUGUGCCUGCAGCUGGUCCGCUCCACAGACCUAAACUUCCUGGUGUGCCAGGCAUUAAGAAGUUCACGGGACACUGCUUUCACUCCAGUCGAUGGGACUACGACUAUACCAAAGGAGACAAUGAAGGUGGUCUGACUGGCUUGGCGGACAAGAGGCUUGCUGUCAUUGGCACUGGCGCCACUGCCGUGCAAAUCGUUCCCAACGUCGCCAAAUAUGCCAAAGAGCUCUAUGUCUUCCAGCGCACACCCUCCUCCAUCGACGUGCGUGGCAAUAGACCUACAGAUCAGGCUUGGGCGGAUAGCCUUAAACCUGGCUGGCAGAAGGAACGCAUGGAGAACUUCAACACCAUCGUCAACGGCGGCAUUCUUCCCACUGACCUUGUUCAGGAUGGCUGGACUGAUAUCCUGCGGAAGUUGCUUGCUCGUGGAGCUACCGAAUCGACUGACCCUGCAAAAGCAGCUGCAGAGCGUCAAAUGGCGGACUUCGAGAAGAUGAACCAAGUGCGAGCGCGUUGCGACGAAGUCGUGAAAGACAAAGCCACCGCCGACAGCUUGAAACCAUGGUAUAACCAACUGUGCAAGAGGCCGUGUUUCCAUGACGAAUAUUUGACAGCCUUCAAUCGCGACAACGUGCACAUGGUCGACACCAAGGGCGUGGGCGUCGAUCGUAUUACGGAGAAGGGUAUUGUUGCAAACGGCCAGGAGUAUGAAGUCGACUGCAUUGUGUACGCCACUGGCUUCGAGCUUGCCACCGAAUGGAGUCACAGAACCAAUAUGGAGGUCUACGGCCGCAACGGACAACCCAUCACAGACUGCUGGAAGGACGGCGCCAGUACACUCCACGGCUGGUCCACGCGUGGAUUUCCCAAUUGCUUCUGGGUGUCGAUUGUACAGGCUGCGCUGACGCCCAACUUCAUUCACGUCACGGGUGAGCAGGCGAAGCACCUGGCUUAUGUCAUAUCGGAAGGCAUGAAAAACAACACUCGCACGAUCGAGCCGACGGCCGAAGCAGAGCAGAAGUGGGUCGAUACCAUUGUCGAGCUAGUCAAGCUGAGGGCGCCAUUCUUGAUGGAGUGUACCCCCGGAUGUUACAACAACGAGGGAAGUAUGUUGCCGCAGGCUGCGAGGAAUGCGGCUUAUGGAGGUGGAAGUCCUGCUUUCUUCAAGAUCUUGGAUGAUUGGAGGGCGGAUGGGAAGAUGGAGGGACUGGACAUCAAGUACUUCGACAGCUAA